AUGGGGGCUCCAGAUGGAGUACCAAGACAGAUGCUAGUAGUGAAUGGACAAUUUCCAGGCCCGCUUAUCGAAGCAAACACCGGCGAUACAAUUGUCAUAAACGUGUACAAUGCCUUGUCGAACGGCACUAGUCUUCACUGGCAUGGCAUGUUUCAAAAUGGAACGAAUUGGAUGGACGGUGCUGCUAGCGUCACUCAGUGUCCAAUACCUCCAGGAUCCAACUUUACAUACGAGUUUGUUGUUGCAAACCAGUAUGGUACAUACUGGUACCACAGCCACGCGUCGUCUCAAUAUAUCGAUGGCAUUGUUGGUCCUCUGAUAAUUCACAAUCUCAAUGACCCAAACAAGGCUUUAUAUGAUCGUGAGAUUGUGGUGAUGAUAUCUGAUUGGUACCACGACUUCUCUCAAGAUCUGUUGGUUCAGUUCUUAUCUGCCGAAGGUAUCCAAGACACUCCUGGAACAGAGCCUGUACCUGACAAUGGUUUGUUCAAUGGGUUAAACGUCUAUGCAUGCUCGGCGGAUCCAUCUAGGAUUGAUUGUACUGGAGGCAGCAUUAAUAGUUUCUCGAUGGAGCCAAAUAUGAGAUAUCGCCUGAGACUGAUCAACACUGGAGCAUUCGCAGAUUUCAUGUUUAGUGUCGAUAAUCAUACCCUGCAAGUUAUUGAGGCUGACGGCAUAUCAAUUACACCCGCUGCUGUACACCGGUUACCCAUUCAUGUGGCUCAAAGAUAUUCAGUUAUUCUCACCACAAACCAAACACCUGAUGCAUAUUACAUGAGAGCGAUUAUGAACCAGAACUGCUUCAAUUACGACAAUCCGGCACUCAAUCCCGAAACGCUUGCUAUAUUGAGGUACAGUAGUGUCAGUAUCUCCACGGUUCCAGGAGCCUCUAGUGUCGAUUGGGGUGACGAGAUUCAGACGCCUGUAUGUCUGGACUUGAACAGCAGCAUGCUAGUACCAAGUGUAGCGAUCAAUCCACCGGCAUCUACCCAAACACAAACUAUAGUUAUCAGCUUUGGGACUUACGGGCCAGGUGGUAUAUAUAAUCGAGGGUUUAUGAACUAUAAUUCGUGGAUUCCACUUGUUGGUACUUCUUCUCUUGCACUUGCACAUAGCAAUAUCUCGGCUCUGCAGACUACCGGGCAAAACUUGUUGACUUUUGAAGACACCACGGUAGUGGACUUGGUGCUCAAUAAUGUCGAUGAAGGGACCCAUCCGUUCCAUUUGCAUGGACACUUGUUCUAUGUCCUUGCUGAAGGAGAAGGCCGAUUUGUUGGAACAAUCCCCACAAAUCCUAUCAAUCCGCUACGGCGAGAUACCAUCUCUGUGCAAUCUUAUGGCCACACGGUGGUUCGAGUUGUAUUUGAUAACCCUGGUCUGUGGAUGUUCCAUUGCCACAUUCAAUGGCAUAUGUCGGCCGGUCUAUCAAUGCAAAUCGUUAGCAAUCCAACAAAAAUUGCUGCCUUCAAUAUACCAAGUCAGUUGACGAACUUUUGUUCCAACCAAGCCGGGACCUUAUUGGUCGCGUGA